AUGGCUUCCUUUAACGCUUUCAUAUUAUAUGUAUUCUUCACGAUUUUGUAUGGGGUCGCUGGUCAGAAUGUUACUUCUAACUCAUCGACGUAUGAUGUACUCGAUUAUGUUGAUCAACUGAUUGGAAGUAAUAAUGGAGGAAAUGUAUUCCCUGGUGCAACUGUACCUUAUGGAAUGGCGAAAGCUGUUGCGGAUACUAAUUCCGGUAGUAACCAGGGUGGAUUUACAACUGAUGGCAGUAAUAUCACCGGAUUUUCCAGUAUGCAUGAUUCUGGGACUGGAGGUUCUCCAUCACUAGGAAACUUUGCCUUGUUUCCGUAUGCAGGAUGCAAAGGAGAUACUGUGGAUGGAUGUACUUAUCCAAAGAAAGCGCGAGCCACUCCUUACGUUUCAAAUUCUGUCAAGGCAUCUCCAGGUUACUUUGGUCUUACAUUGUCCAGUGGUAUUGCUGCUGAUAUGACGACAACACAGCAUACAUCAUUAUUCAGAUUCAAAUUCCCAUCUACUUCCAAUAGAAAUGCUUCUAGCCCAUUGAUCUUGAUGGAUUUAACCGACUUGUCUGAUUCUCGUCAAGACAAUGCCAGUAUUUCUGUUGAUGCAACUACUGGAAGAAUGACCGGAAAUGGUAAAUUUUUGCCAAGUUUCGGCAGUGGAAAUUAUGUUCUAUACUUCUGUGCGGAUUUCUCGGGUGCUUCAAUUCGAGAUAACGGUAUAUUUGUCAAUAGUCGUGCCAGUACUGACAUCAAGAAUCUCAAAAUAUCCCGUUCAAUCAACGGCUAUCCUCUGCCAGGUGGAGCAUUUGUUCGUUUCCAAUCACCUGGCGAUGGUAUUUUGGCACGUGUUGGUGUCAGUCAUAUCAGUAGUGAUCAAGCAUGUGCAAACGCUGAGGCAGAGAUUCCGGAUUUUGACUUUGCUGCUGUGCAGAAUGCGGCAGAGUCUAUUUGGCGCAAAAAAAUUUCACCUAUCAAAGUUUCGACGAAAGGAAUUGACGCUUCUUUCUUGAAGAACUUUUAUAGUGGAAUAUAUAGGACUAUGGUCAAUCCUCAGGACUACACUGGCGAGAAUCCGCUAUGGAAGAGUGACGAACCUUAUUUUGACUCUUUUUACUGCAUUUGGGAUUUGUUUCGUUCUCAGACACCUUUUUUAACAGUGUUAGAUCCUGCCACUGUAGCUAAAAUGGUUCGCUCGCUGAUCGACACAUAUGUUCACCAAGGAUGGCUUCCUGACUGUCGUAUGAGUCUUUGUAAAGGAUUCACUCAAGGUGGUUCAAAUGCAGAUAAUCUCCUCGCAGAUGUUUACAUCAAGGGUAUUACCGAAGGAAUAGAUUGGAAUCUUGGCUAUGAAGCCGUAAUUAAAGAUGCGGAAGUGGAACCUUAUGAUUGGUCAAAUGAGGGUCGUGGUGGUUUGGAUUCAUGGAAAGCUCUAGGGUAUAUUCCUGUUCAAGAUUUUGAUUACAAGGGCUUUGGUACCAUGACACGAAGUAUUUCCAGAACACUUGAGUAUAGUUACAAUGAUUUUGUAAUUGCUAGUAUGGGUUCCGGUCUAGGAGGCCACGAAUCAGAUGUCCAAAAGUAUCUCGGACGCAGCAAAAACUGGCAAAAUCUCUUCAAUGCUGCACAAACAUCCUAUCGUUCUAACGGCACUGACACGGGAUUCAAAGGAUUUUUCCAACCAAAGUAUUUCAAUCAAACAUGGGGAUUUCAGGAUCCUUUGAAGUGUAGCAAUAUAGACUUUAAUCCCAAUAGUGUUUGUUCAUUACAAAACACGGGUGCUGAGACUUUCGAAAGUAGUAUUUGGGAAUAUUCCUUUUUCGUACCCCACGACCAAGCAACCCUUAUCACCACUUUCGGUGGACCAACAGCUUUUGUAAAACGUCUAGACUACCUCCACGAUAACAACAUAACCUAUAUUGGCAACGAACCAGCCUUCCUAACCGUAUAUCAAUACCAUUAUGCCGGACGUCCCGCUCUCUCAGCUCUCCGCUCUCACUUCUACAUCCCAUCCUCUUUCACCCCCACAAACGACGGCUUACCCGGAAACGACGAUUCCGGCGCCAUGGGCUCCUUCGUCGCUUUCAGCAUGAUGGGACUCUUCCCUAACCCAGGCCAAGAUGUCUACCUUAUCAUCCCGCCCUUCUUCGAAUCCGUCUCAAUUACCUCUCCUCUCACUAAUAAAACUGCCACGAUUAAAAAUGUUAAUUUUGAUCCUAAGUAUAAGAAUAUUUAUAUUCAAUCUGCGACGUUGGAUGGGAAACCUUAUACAAAGAAUUGGAUUGAUCAUAGUUUUUUUACGGAGGGGAAGGUGUUGUGUUUGUGGUUGGGGAGUGAGGAGAGUUUGUGGGGGACGGGGACAGAGGAUUUACCGCCUAGUUUAGGGGAUUAUGAGGGGGGUGGAGAGGUGCAGGGUAUGGAGAUGGAGAUGGAGAUGGAGAUGGAGAUGGGAAAGAGGGCGGAGGUUUUUGAGGAGGAGAUUUUGGUAGGUGGUGGCGAUGAGAGGGGAAGGAAGACUGGGGGGUAUUUUCGGGCUGAGGAGGAGGGCUAG